GGAUGGAUGGAUGAAUGGCUAGUUGACCUUCAUGAAGUGCUAUACAUUCUGCAUGGUUUUCAAAGAUUGUGGUAAAUCAGCGAACUGGGAAGAUGAUGGGUGGGGAGCAUGGGAGGAAGCGGAGCCGGCUCUUCAAGAACCGGAAGAAGAAGGAAACACUUGCAAAACACAAAAAACUUCCUGGCUUCAAGAUUGCGUUUUAUCCUUGUCCCCAACCAAUGAUCUUAUGGUGAUAGCCCGGGAGCAGAAAGCUGUAUUUCUAGUGCCAAAAUGGAAAUAUAGUGAUAAAGGAAAGGAAGAAAUGCAAUUUGCUGUUGGUUGGAGUGGCUCUUUAAAUGUCGAAGAAGGGGAGCAUGUCACCAGUGCCCUGUGCAUCCCACUGGCAAGCCAGAAGAGGAGUUCCACGGGCCGCCCUGACUGGACCUGCAUCGUGCUGGGCUUCACGUCGGGUUCCGUGCGCUUCUACACGGAGAACGGUGUGCUGUUGCUCGCACAGCUUCUGAAUGAGGACCCUGUGCUGCAGCUUAAAUGCAGGACCUACGAGAUCCCACGGCAUCCGGGCGUGACUGAGCAGAAUGAAGAGCUGAGUAUCUUAUAUCCUGCUGCCAUUGUGACUAUUGAUGGAUUUAGCCUUUUUCAGUCUCUUCGUGCUUGUCGAAAUCAGGUAGCAAAAGCUGCAGCUUCAGGCAAUGAGAACAUACAGCCACCACCAUUAGCUUAUAAGAAAUGGGGUCUGCAAGAUGUUGACACUAUCGUUGAUCAUGCUAGUAUUGGUAUUAUGACGCUGUCCCCUUUUGAUCAAAUGAAGACUGCCUCCAAUAUCGGUGGAUUUAACGCAGCCAUUAAGAACAGCCCACCUGCCAUGUCUCAGUACAUCACUGUAGGGUCCAAUCCGUUCACUGGCUUCUUCUAUGCUCUAGAGGGAAGCACACAGCCGUUGCUCUCUCACGUUGCCCUCGCUGUUGCCAGCAAACUCACUUCUGCUCUGUUUAAUGCCGCCAGUGGUUGGCUUGGUUGGAAGAGUAGGCACGAGGAAGAAGCUGUCCAAAAGCAAAAGCCGAAGAUGGAGCCAGCCACCCCAUUAGCUGUAAGAUUUGGGCUUCCAGAUUCUAGACGCCAUGGUGAGAGCAUUUGUCUGUCUCCCUGUAAUUCUCUGGCAGCAGUAACGGAUGAUUUUGGCAGAGUUAUUCUAUUGGAUGUAACCAGAGGAAUCGCAAUACGCAUGUGGAAAGAAAUCCAGUUGAUAUGUCUUUAAGUUUGAUAAACUCAUAGGCCCGUCUAACCUCUUUUUUAUGUACUUUUCAAUUCUCUCUGUCAUUGUCAAUUCCUGAACUCAGUUUUUUUGCACCGGCUACAUUUAUUCCAUUUCACAAGGCCAUGUUUGAGUCAGAUGUUCUCCCCAAAGCUAGAAUGCCGAGUCUUUCAGAUUUAAGAAGCAAAACCGGGCAAAAUCCAUCUUGGCUGACUUGAUUUCUCUAUCCAUAUGCUUGGGCCAAUUCACUUAACGUUAUUGGUAACUGUGUCAAUUGGGAGUUGCAUUUGGCUGCUAAUAUCAGACCCAAGUACAGGAUUGAUAUGAAAUCACCACAGUGUCCUCAGGAACCCAGUGUCCUUCCAUGUAGCUUCCCCACUCGAGGUCCUCUCAUGGUGCAAAAGGCUGCUGGAGCUCCAGCCCUCUUGUCUGUAUCCCAUGAUGGAAGAAGGAGAAAGGAGUCAGUCUACUUUGAAGAUACUUCCUGAAGCCCUCCAACCUUUUUUGAUAAGAUAUUCGCCAGAAGUUAGUCACAUGGUCUUACCUAACUGUUAGGAAGGCUUGAAAAUAUGAAGUUACAUUGUCGACCUGAACAGAAUAAAAAGUCUUUGAUGAAGGAAGAAGUGGAGACUGCAUCGUUGGGAAUCACCCGUAAUGAUAGCAUGUGAGCACAGGUUGGAAACCACAGUUAUGGUGCAAUCUGGUCUGCACUUGGCAUAAUGGACUUGAGGACAUUAAACUACUCUGGACCGGAUGGAGUCCAUUCUCACCUUCUUGCCGACGAAUUCCUAUAGCGCUCACCGGCCACAUGCCUCAGUGUCUGCAGAAGUAGGAUUCUGUGCUGCAGACACAUCAUUCCUCCGUGAUGUUCGUCUUCUGAAGCAACAUCAAGGCUGUGUUCUCAGCAAGACUUGCCCCGAACCUGGAAGGCGCAGGCGUGCCAGCUGGCCCAGAUCCCCUGUGACGGGCUUGUUGCUCGCCUUGCUGCUCACCUUUCGGCCACCAGUGCAGUCAGUUCUCCUCCCUGUGCUGGGAAGAGAGGCAUCGAUGGCCUGUGAGAGCGGCCACCUCCCUUCACUCUGCGGCCCACACUUUCCCUCCAUCUGCCCACCACCAAGGAACUUGAGUAACAGGAAAUCAGUUUGAUCUCUUCCUUAAAGUUUAAAUGGACUGUUGUUUCAAAACCCAACCUGAUCAUCUCCCAGAGUGUUUUAAAGGGAGAGAGUUUUUAAAGAGAGGGAGAGAAGGGAAUCAGAUGGGAGGCUCACGAGGCUUCAAUGACACCUGUUUUCUUCUUAAAGAAAAAAAGCGAUCUUGCCCUAACCGGUUUGGCUCAGUGGAUGGAGCGUCAGCCUGCAGACUCAAGGGUCCCGGGUUCGAUUCCGGUCAAGGGCAUGUACCUUGG